AUGAGGGUCAAUAACCUCCUCUUCUCACUUCUCACCGCUACCGCUGUCUCCUCCAGGUCUCUCUUCAGUGGCAACCAACAUGCUCUUGUCGAUGAGCCCCAGCAUAGCGUUCCUGGCAAGAACCCUCUAAAUUUCUGUGCCGAUCCUAAAGACUACAUUCUCACCGUCGAUUAUGUCGACCUGACACCCAACCCACCCGUUCCGGGCGAGACUCUAACAAUCGUCGGCAAUGGAACAUUCUCAAAGGACAUCGAGCCCGGUGCCACUGUUUUCCUUCAAGUCAAAUAUGGCCUGAUCACCCUCAUCAAGCAAGAGGCAGAUCUUUGCGACAAUCUGGGCAAGAUCGAUCUGUCCUGCCCCCUGAAGGAAGGUGUGUUUACGAUCAAGAAAGAGGUUGACAUUCCCAAACAAGUGCCGCCGGGAAAAUACACCGUCCUGGCCGAUGUAAAUACUGUCGACAAAGAGAAGAUCACCUGCAUGGAGAGCACAGUAUUUUUCAGCAGAUAG